CGUGUUAAAGGGUUCUACGCACCUCAGUUUGGAAAAACCCAUCGUCUGACCGUUACGUAGGCUACAUGGGCUUGGUUGCUCACAGCUGAUCCGCAGCGACUGAAUUGAACAGGCUGCGAUUGAGUUGCAGGACAACUGCGGAAGCAGAAACCGGAGACAGAAUCAGAGGCAAGCAUCGGAAGGAAGCUGCAAUAACGCGAGCAAACAACACAGAAUCGGAUGCAAAAAUAGUAAUUUGGAUGCCAGUUAGAUUCUAGGAAUAAACAUUUCGAAUAAAGACACAAACCGGAGAAAGAACAGAAUGAGACAUAAUACGUCAUUAAUAUUAAUGAUUCUAUUGUCCUACGGCUGCUGGAGAAAUGUCAAGGCUAUGGCCGUGACAGAGGUGAGAGGGUCAGCCAAAGGUCCACUGGUCGCCGAGCCUCUGAUCGCCAUGUUCUGUGGGCGUCCGCUCCUGCACAUGAACAUGGAGACUGGUCAGUGGGAACCGGACGCUCUGGGUCAACAGGGCUGUUUUACCGACCCCAAGCAGAUCCUGUCUUACUGCCAAGAGAUGUAUCCAGCCUUGCAGAUCACUCACGUGGAAGAGUCGACCAGUCCGGUGACCAUCCCUGCCUGGUGUAAGAAGGGCUGGGGUCACUGCCAGACACGGCCCUUCAUUGUCCUUCCAUACCGAUGCCUCGUGGGCGAAUAUGUGAGUGAGGCUCUGCUGGUUCCCGAUCGCUGUCGUUUCUUGCACCAGGAGCAGAUGGACUCCUGCGAAAGUUACGUCUUCUGGCAUAACAUCGCUAAAGAGUCCUGCGCCACUGAAGGUCUGGAGUUGCAUAGCUAUGGGAUGCUGUUGCCAUGCGGUGACCGUUUCCGGGGAGUGGAGUAUGUCUGUUGCCCUGGGAGGGGUGGUACCAGCGAACGGGGUGAAACAGAGAGCACCGAUGAUGUCCAGAGAGCCACUCCACCUCUUGUUACCCAAGUCGACAAUAAAGUCGGCAACAGCAUGAAAGUUACACCUCCCACUCUGAGCCCUUCCUCCAACGUGGAUGAAGAGACAGCCCAUGUAGAGGAGGAAGAAGACGAGGAAGCGGGUGAGGAAGAGGAGGAGGAGGAGGAGGAUGACGUAGUGGAGGAAGAGAUGGACGAAGAGGAUGACGAGGAGGAGGAGGACGUGGAGGAGGAGAACAAGAUAGAAGUGGGAGCAGAGAAGGAGCCGGAUGAGUACGAGUAUUCAAUUGACUCAGGUCCCUACCAAGCGUCCGACUACCUGAAUAACUUCCAAUACGACAAGGGAUCUCAGGCUGGCCACAACGGACCCACGGCCGACCCCCAGAUCCGCAGUGACAGCUGGCCCACACUACCCACAGAUGGAGUGGAUGUGUAUUUCGAGAUGCCUGGUGACGACAGCGAACACGCCAACUUCGUGCGUGCCAAGAUGGACCUGGAGGAGCGGCGAAUGAAACGCAUUAACGAGAUUAUGAAAGAGUGGGCAGAGGCUGAUAACCAGUCUAAGAAUCUGCCCAAGGCUGAUCGACAGGCUCUGAAUGAGCACUUCCAGUCCGUGCUGCAGACACUGGAGGAGCAAGUGGCUGGAGAGAGGCAGAGACUGGUGGAAACUCACCUGGCUCGCGUGGUGGCCACACUGAACAACAACCGGCGGCUGGCACUGGAGAGCUACCUCACAGCCCUGCAGUCCGACCCACCGCAGCCCGAGCGUGUGUUGCAGGCUUUGAAGCGUUACAUGGCAGCGGAACAGAAAGAUCGUAAACACACACUCCGUCAUUACCAGCACAUCGAGUCUGCAGACCCGCACAAAGCAGAGCAAAUGAAGUUCCAGGUUUAUACUCACCUACAUGUCAUUGAGGAGAGAAUGAACCAGAGCUUAGCACUGCUUUACAAAGUGCCCAUGCUGGCUGAGGAACUGCACAACGACAUCCAGGAGCUGGUGAGGAGUGUGAGAGGAGAUAUCAGCGAGCUCAUGACUACAUCCUUCUCCGAGACACGCACCACAGAGGAGCUCCUGCCAGCCCAGAGCGAGGAGAAGGAGGAUGAGGAGGAUGAGGAGGAGGAGGAAGCUGUCUUCCAGAACCGCCCCUAUCCACCCCGAAUUGAUCCACAGCUGAGCAAUAAGAAAGUGUCCGUGGUGGAUGAGUAUGACUAUGCUAUAUCCGAGAGCGUCCCAUCGUACGAUUACGAAGAGAAGAUCAACACCUCUGUGGGACAUAAACAGGUGGUGUACCAGUCUCCAGGCAUUCAGCGAGAUCAGCUGCAACCAGAUGUCCUGGAAACAUUCAACCGUGGGGCUAUGGUGGGGCUACUGGUGGUUGCCGUGGCUAUUGCCAUGGUAAUGGUUAUAAGCCUGUUGCUGGUGAGACGUAAACCAUACAGUACCAUCAGCCAUGGGAUUGUGGAGCAGGUCGACCCCAUGCUUACCCCUGAGGAGAGGCAGCUCAAUAAAAUGCAAAACCACGGCUAUGAGAACCCAACCUACAAAUUCUUUGAACAAAUGAACUGAAUCAAAUAGUACACUCGCACGAUCACAGCCUUCCCCUCUC